AUGGCCAAAAGAAAGACAAGUUUUGUGCUUUGCUGCAAUUUGUUUUCAGUUCUUCUUCUUCUUCUUCUUCUUGCAGAAGUAAUACAAUUUCCAGAGCGUGUUGAGGCUGCUGGUUCACCCGUCAAGUUUCUUCCAGGAUUUAAAGGGCCACUUCCCUUUGAACUUGAAACAGGGUACAUAGGAGUGGGUGAUUCAGAUGAUGUGCAGCUAUUCUACUAUUUCAUUAAGUCUGAAUCUAAUCCAAAAUCAGACCCUCUUAUCCUAUGGCUUACAGGAGGCCCUGGCUGCUCUGCUUUAUCUGGUCUUAUCUAUGAGAUAGGACCGAUAACAUUUGAGCCUGUGGAGUAUGGUGCUUUUACGCCAGCAGAAUAUAAUGGGAGCUUCCCCUCACUGGUCUUGAAUCCUCAUACAUGGACAAAGGUAGCAAGCUUUAUAUUUUUAGAUCUUCCAGUUGGUACUGGAUUUUCUUAUGCAAGAACUUCAGCGGCUCGUCAAUCAGAUGAUCUACAAGCUAGUGAUCAUGCAUAUCAAUUUCUUCACAAGUGGUUAAAUGAUCGCCCAGAAUUCUUAAGAAAUCCAUUUUACGUGGGUGGGGACUCCUAUUCUGGAAUAGGCGUACCAAUCAUUUCUAAACUCAUAGCAAAUGGAAAUGAGAAGGGACUUGAGCCAUUUAUUAAUCUUAAGGGAUAUUUACUAGGAAAUCCGGCGACAUUUCAUGGUGAAUACAAUUACAGGAUCCCAUAUGCUCAUGGAAUGGGACUUAUUUCUGAUGAACUUUUUGAGUCCUUGAAGAGAAAUUGUAAAGGAGAGUAUUUCGAUAUACAUCCUAGCAACACGCAAUGUUUGAAUGAUCGUCAGACUUAUGAUCAGAUGCUUGAUGGAAUUAAUAGUGUGCACAUUUUGGAGCCCAAAUGUGAGAUGGAUUCAUCAAGGCCACAAAAAUGGUUAGGCCAAAGAAGGUCUCUCGAUGACAUGCUAUAUCGUGGACGGCUAAGAUGUCGAUUUGACUGGAAAAAGCUCUCUUACCAGUGGGCUGGUGAUGACAAAGUUAGAGAGGCCCUCCAUGUUCGAAGAGGCAGUAUUGGAAAAUGGAAGCGAUGCGCUGUCGAUGCUUUGCCUUUCCAAAAGAUAGUGCAAAACAGCAUUCCAUAUCAUGCAAAUCUCAGUGUUAAAGGUUAUAGGUCCUUAAUAUACAGUGGUGAUCAUGAUAAAUGGAUCCCUUAUAUAUCAACUGAAGCUUGGAUAAGAUCUCUUAACUACUCUAUUGCUGAUGAUUGGCGACCAUGGAUUGUUGAUGGUCAAGUUGCAGGGUAUACAAGGACAUAUUCAAAUAAAAUGACAUUUGCCACAGUGAAGGGAGGAGGACAUACAGCUCCAGAGUACAAGCCUGUUGAGUGUCUGGCCAUGCUGAAGAGAUGGAUAUCUUAUCAGCCUAUGUAAUUAAUGAGGAAUACAUUUCAAGCUCUUCGUGAAUAGGGUCACCGGUUUGUAUUCUGAUCAAAAGUAAUUGAUAAACAUCAAGUGUUAGAAACUGAUAAGUAAUUAGGCAACAUGUUAAAA